UCCAGGGACGGUGUCAUUGACGGUGAACGGAGCCGGCGGCAGAUGCUCCAUAGUCCCUUUGUAGUGAGUCUAUGUUAAAGCCUUUAUGACCCGCCUCGCGCCGAUCACAUUCGCCCGUUCAAUGAGAAGUCAGGCUUAUGUACCUGCCUUCGUUUCCAUUCCCAAAAGGAUUCGUGCGAACUACCAAUCAUAAUGAACGAUGCCUCUAGAUAAAGCGAAGCAUCGCUCUCAGACUUGAGGUAAACACUAUUCGGUUGGAUGGACUGGAGAUACGGUUAACUUCAUAAGCUAUUUCCAUCGUAUUCAUUUGGAGACCAUAUUUGCCCUGGUCUUGCAGUGUGCAUUGCUGUGCCUUUUCGUGGAUUAGGAAAGAUAUCUCGUGCUCUCAGUUUACAAUGUGAAAAUAGUGGAAGUUUUUUUCAAAGAAAAUCACACGUUUGUGGAAAUAAAACAUCAGCGGUGUUUGCCAGCUAUUACAGAAUUUCUGCGGAAUUAUCCAUUGUUGGUGAUUAUGAUCUAUGAGAAUGAGAACAAACUUUAAUCACAUCAAAUUGGUUUCUCCAAGCGAAUACGCCUAAGGGGCAAACCACGUGAGGUGUAUGAUCCUGCACGGGUAUUAUAAUAUUUCCGGUGUAACGCUAUUCAAAUAUUCGUCAAUAGGCUGAACCCUCCACCCCUAUCUCUGGGCUAUGCAUAUCGAUUCCACGAAAAAUCUAGGUCAGCCGUUGAGAUUCGGGUGGGACCCCUUGCAAAAUUAGUUCCUUCGUUGCUAUUGGUUACCUGACUACUGCGCGUUAAAACACGUCCCUUGAAGGUACGACAAGCACACACUUGCCUCACGCGUGUUUGGACGUGCAGGAUACCGGGUCUCAACAUGUCGUCACACGCUACCUGGAUUACAUUUCUCAUUAGCUGCCUUGCGCUUGGUGUUUCGGCCUCUGAAACAGGUCAGUUCGAUGUGAAGACGUGUAGCAACUAUGUGGGUCACGAUGAUGAUUCGGAAGAAGACUCCUGUGCUCAAGCUGAUGUGGUCCCCGAUCUCGUGUGUACAACGGGGACGGUGAUAGUUCUAAAGGCUCUCCUCUUGGUUGUGAAGAAGAAUAGUGAGUGCACGAAGAGGAUAGCAAGUGAGAGGGUUUGUUGUAAGCGUAAUAACGGUGAUGUCCUGUACGACGGGGACUGCCUCCAGAGUGUUUGGAACGAUGAGGAUGGGGAACACUACAGAACCUUUAUGAAGGAUGCGAUACGGGAGUGUAUGGAGAGACAGGAGUGUACACUAUCUCAUAGUAUGUUCCAGGCUCUACAGAGGAGGUUGUACAAUAACACACAUGCAAGCUCCUUUAGGAUCGUGUACCAGUGUGUUGACGAUCCAACUGACACAGGGUUACUGCAGCCCGUGUAUAUAUCCAGAUCUGAGAAUGAAGUGAAUAUCAAGGGCACGACUAACUCUACACGUAAAUGUGUUGUACGUUCACCAGCAGGAGGUAUGAUCUCGGUGAAAGCUUUGGACGUACGGUCAAGUGCGAGCAGCAAGGAUUCUCACACUGAACUGAAACUAAAAACUGAGGCAUCGGAAAAGAUCAUCAGGGCUAAUGAUCUCCCUUUGUUUGGAUUUAUGGAGAUCAUAUCUGGUCGCAGAAUCAACAUCACUGUAACUGGCGGCAUGAACGUUUGGCUGAGAAUUAAAGCGGCUGAUGGAGAGAAUGUAAACAUCACAUGCGGAGAACCCGAUCGUGAGACUACAAAGAUCGCGACAACACCGACGGGGGCCAUACUGGGAGAACAAGGUUAUGGAUUCUGGCCCUUGGUGUUCACAGCAUGUGGAGCUGUUAUCAUGUUAUCCAUUGUUAUCGUCGUGUGUGGAAUCUGGUGGAUAUGCAAAUACAGAAAACGCCGAAAGAGACGUUUCCGGAGCACCAGCUCCUUCCGGACCACCCAGGAAUAUCUGGAUGCUUAUGACCCUCCCUACGCAACUGUCCAGGACCAGAGACCCUCAGGGAAGGCCAUCCGAGUGACCCGUUCGAUGUCCAGUCAGACAAUUCAGAGGUCCUUCUCACCUCCCUCUGGGCACAAGCUGUACCCGAGGUCGACGUCGAUGAGGAGUCUCCGCGACAGGCCCCCCAUGGCUCCUCCACCCCCACCUCGCAUGUCCCCGGCAAUGAGCUACAGCCAGGGUAAGACCUACAACCAGUGCUAUUCCAGGCUGAGUCGAACUCCCACCGUGCCCAGAAGUAAUCUGGAACAGCUGGAAGCUUUUCUGGAGUGGCCGGAACCGGAAGUGACGUCUCCUUCAAGGAUGGGGUCUGUGAAAGAGUCAACUGAGGGAUCCGGGUAUGCCUCUCCUUCAUUACUGAACUCCCUGUUUCGUGUGGAAUCCCAAGGGAGUGUUAAAUCGCAAAGAGGGUCUCCCCAAGCCUACGGAUCUAUGCCCAGAUCGGACAACAGCUCCGGACCGUGUCUAGGAUCUGUAUUUGAGAGUGAGGGCUCGGUGACUGAGUCUCUUCUAGUAAGAGGGGACACUGCAUUACCCCCAGCAAUGCCUACUCAGGACUUGCUCGGAUAUGCUGAAGCAUCUCUUUCUCUUCUCAGUGAACAUAAAGGAGACGAAAAUCACAAUGAGUUUGAGAGUAACACUCCUGAUGUACUUACUUGAGCAUCAACUGGAGGAUUCCUGACAAUUCCAUAAGGGCAAAAACCGUGUAUUCACACUGGCACCAGGCUAGCCAUUGCCGCUACACAGGAAGAUGAUGGAACCAUUACAACAUCAAGGAGUCUGGAUAGGUUUAUGUACAUUCAGUGGUGUUUUACACAUACACGUCCAUGUAGAACGUUAGCUUUUCUAUACGUUCCUCAACAACAAGUUCCAAAUCGAACAGUAUGUUUUACGUAAGCGUAUAUUCAUUGAAGCCUAAUGUGCUCCGGUUCUGCGAACCACUGUCGAGUUAUAUAUAGGACUUAUAUCGCAGUUGUUUUAGGGAAAACGAGGACGACGCCUCAAUCAAAAAGAGCAAAAGGGUAUUUCGAGAUGAAGGUGUUCAAGUUAUAGAUGACUUGUUGGAUUUCUUUUUCAUUUUGAUUUGGCUUGGAUCCUUUAUUGAGGAUGAUACAGUCAACGUUACACAGCGAAUCACUGCCGUUGUUUACUUUUGUGGUUUUUCGCUGCUUUUGUUCACUGCCAUAUGUGAGUGAGUGAGUGAGUUUAGUUUUACGCCGAUUUUAGGAAUAUUCCAGCAAUAUCACGGCGGGGGACACCAGAAAUAGGCUCACUGCCAUGCCACUCAUGCUUCCACCAGAUAUUGGUGUGAGAAUCCAAUCAUCAACUAGUACACAACGCUCAGUAUUACAUGUAUCCCAUUAGCUCGAUUUUCCGAAGCCAACAGUUUCAGAUCAAAGUACCCUGGAUCGAUUUUGAAAAAUAUGACAGUAUCGAGUGCAGAAAUGUGACUGUGGCUCCCACAAGCGAGAGUGUCAUAGGGUAGGCGUGACACCUAGUGCCAUCACUAUCUUUACAGUUUUUAACGAGAACAAGAUCUUGGGUAUAUUUCUUUGGACUCAGUCAAUGGUCAUUGAUAUGUCAGCACCAUAUCCGUGCUUGCGGGUUUCACCAGGGUUGUAAACACCUGAGACCUGCCUCACUUCGGGCUUCCCACCAAUAUUACUUCCAGGCCUGAAAUGAUUGAACUACUGUUUGCAUCGGUAUUGAUUCUCUCCCAUCUUUCAGUGAAGUGAAGAUCUCUUGACAAUACCUUGUAUUAAACAGUAGCUUCAGAGUCACAUGUGCCGGGCGUGUACACCGAUUCGAUAUAUACUUCCCAUCAAAGUUUAGACUCACUAGUGUAAAUAUAGCCACUUACUUCAAGCAACUGUUCUAAACUAAAUUCUGAAAAAUAUC